AUGCAACUAACUACAGGAUCUAGUGUGGCCCGGGUGAACGAUCCUAGCACCCCGACCUACGACUUGCACCCAUCGAGUCAGAGUCAUAACUUUAUCGUAGAUCUGCAAGCAAUUCAGACCAUUCCCACCGAGUCACUAGCCACAAAAUGCCCCCUCUGCAGUCAGACACUCCUGAAAAAGCAUCAAGAGAGUUACCAGCUUGCAUGUCGUAAAAACCACCCACUGAGGGGUUUCGCAAUCAGUGCACCCGGUUCGUUAGCCAAAGGUCAGAGAAAGCGCAAGCCUAUCUGCCUAGAGUGCGUGAAGCGAUACUACGGGCCCGUUACCCAGUGUGCUAACAAACUCACAGUCACCGUAGCAAGGAGAAGCCGGGAAUCCGUGGGUGUAGCUGAGAUCUGGUUCCAGCGCCAGACGCAAGAAGAAGCAUGGAGCCAAUUGAAGGAGCUUUCGGGGGAAGAGGUUGGCAAUCUGGAAGAGAAGGCAGAAGAGGAUCGACUUGCCUUCAGUGGGCACCGCAAGAGUACUGCGGCACAGGAAGCACUGAACAGGGGGCGCAAAGUGGGGGAAAUAACAAGAUCCAGGGCACAAGCAGUGUGUCGGGGAGCGGGGGUCCGCAAAAAGGCCUCAAAGGUGGUGGAAGUGCCGUGCGAAAGAGCCGGGGAGCGGGUGUUUGGAGUGUACUGGAAUGCGGGUUCGCCAUCACCAAAGAGGACGAUGGUCCACCACGGAGAGGCAGCGCAGAUGGGUUGGUUUUGUGAGGGGCAGAAGGACGGUUGCAGCAAGACGGCUGACUGCUCGCAUAUCCGAGAGAUGAAGGGAGCUUUGGAUCGACCGGGCGGUGUGGUCAAACUGAGCAAGAGUGUGUUCUCGGAGAGCCAGCUCGGGCUGGCGGUGACGUCUUUGAGGGCGGGGCUGGCAGAUAGUUGGAGUGGGAAUGUCGCCCACUGCGGCCGGCUGGGAACUGCAGACUCCGACGUGGACAGAUACCUCGCGGAGCUGGUUGUUGAAAGCCAUGAGAGGGCUGCAUGUGCAGGGGAGAACUGCUUCUGCAAGCAGCAUCCGAGGGCGUUUGGAGGCAUUCAACCCGAUGGAGAACCCUGUACGGCAAGGUGUUGCACUUCUGCAAAAACGAACGGAAAGCGAGAUCGAUCGGGGCAAAAAGGAAGUUCCGGUGAGGUUGCUGGAACAGCCGCGAGAUCGAUCAAACGGAGGGGCAAAUCACACUGGGCGGCUGAUUCGGAGCAUGCAGAGAUGGAGCAGCCAGAUGCUGCAAGAGGCAGUAUGGAGGAGGUCGAGCCGGAUGAAGAUGGGGUUCCCUUGGAGGGAACGGGGCGGAGUAAGGAUAACGCCCUCCGGAUCGAUGAUCAAGCACCGUUCCUCGUCCCGGUGUGUAACGCCUGCGCGUGCCCCUCCAGCGCGUGCACACAUGGUGCAUCCACCGGUGUUGCAGCGGUCCUGCCCAUGAAUGCCGAGGGCGUUCAGCUGGAGGUGCCUAAGCUCGUUCGCCCAACGGAUUCUUGGCAAGUCCAUGACCCCGAGGUGCUGUUGCUGCGGAACCCGGUCAGAGUUAGCGAGUUGACGGCCCGGGAUUUUGAGGAGCUAAGCGCUGCGGGGGUCCUCUCAGCUCCGUGCCCAAGAUCGGCUCCACCUUGCGGAACCAAAUGGUCGGGGCUCUGGCAGAGAGCACAAAUCCACGAUUUGGGUUGGUCCCAGGAGGUCAAGCUCCGGAUCUAUUGCUGCGCGUGCCCAAAGAAGCACACCGUUCACUUCAACGGAGAGGCGCUCGGUCUGUACGCCUGGACGCGAGGGGUGGUCAUUACGCAAGUCGCUUGCCAGUUUAUGCUGCGGUCCGUACAACACUCAGGAGCCGCUUUCAAUGCACUCGUUGCAGCUGCACGUACGGCACGGCGUCUCUACAACCCCAGCGCAACUAUCUUGACAGAAGAGACUUGGCGCAAAGCUAGCCUCGGCUUCUUCAAGUUGUGCGGUCGGCAGAUCAUGGAGUGCUGCAGCCUUUGCGGCCCGCAUCCAGAGGUACUUCUGUGCAACGGCAUUGUUGGGCUUGCCUGCGCUGACGGCACGCGUCAGAAGGGCGGUCUGGCUGGAACGGAUGCCGCUCAACUCCGACCGUUCACGGCGCCUAGUCGAGGCUCGGACGAAGUCAACGUGCGGAAGGUCAUGGAGGCUGGAAGCAACUACUGCGCGGCGUCUCUUUCCGGUGGAGGCCUAAAAAGGCGUUUUAUGCAGCAGCCGGAGAUCCGCACGCUUAUAGCGCGGUACAGUGGUCACCACGCUGCUGACCCGGAGCUGGGAAAGGCUCUCAGCUCUCGAGAAUACGCGGAGCUUCUGGUCGCGCUCGAUAGAGACGACGUGCAAGUUGUCACAGAGUUCGUUCCAAACCCGGAUGUUGCCGACACGGACCCCGUCCUCCUGCAAUGGCGACGGUGGGUCCGAGCGGACCAGGUCGGCCAGAUGCGUUCAAAGAACAAAGCGGGGCACGAGCUGGUCGACGGCAUCGAGAGAGAGGUCAUGCAAGAGGAGGCUUGCUGGCCUCCGCACUGCCCCAGCAGAUGGGCGGAGCUGCUCUACACUCUCGGCGCGCCGCAUUCGGUUUCGGACGAUUCCAACCUCAUCCAGCAUGGGAAGGCUCUGAGUGUGGUCCGCAAGCUGCUCCUCGGGGGAGCCGCAAACGACGGCGACAGGGUCGUGCUAGCAGAGCACUCUCCAAUCCUGCGCCGGCUGCUGGACCACUACGGCGACCGCUACCCGCGCUUCUUCUAUCCGACGCUACAUCAUCUUUACCGGUUGACGCUCUUUAGACGUGGAGCCGUGGGACUCGGGGUUGGGCGGGCGGGGUGGGCGUUGUCGGCCAUCGAAGGCCUCGAUGUUUGCGUCUGGCUUGGACGAGAGCCCAACCCCUUGACCAUCGAGCAGCAGCAGGCCUUCGACUUCUGGGCAGCCCGGGCGAAUGCGCUCCUCCCGGCGGUCGAAAACCUUUCCCCUCCCGCACGGCACGAGUACGCUCUGCUCCCGCCUGAGAGGACGUUGCUAAACGACAGACUUGGUCUCAAGCCAGACGGGUCGGAGCCAGGGCCUCUUCCUUCGGACCAUCCCUACUGUCGUGAGCAACGAGAGCUAGGCUGCUACCCGUUGAAAGGCUGGGAGCAAAAACGCCCUCUCCCGCAAUACGAACCGUUCGAAGACGAUCUCGGUAGGUCUCGCGAGCGCGAUGAGGAGCAUCGGUGUCGGAGUGGGCUCACCGUCGGGGAAUUCGAUGCCAAGGUCGCUCUGGAAAGCGGAGUUAAAAAGAACAAGGGCCUGCAACGGCACACGAAGGGCGGCUUCGUCUUCUCGUGCCCUCACUGUGUUAUCUAUAGCUUCCAUGUCAUGCUCCGCGGGGAGUCACCGCGAGACGCCUUCACCGUCCUGUACACGCGGCUCAAUCGGAGAGAUCUUCCUCAAUACCUCAUCCACGACAACGCCUGCAAGCUGCGCGCCUACGCGAUGCGAAGAGAGCCAGCGUUCUUUGCAGACAUUCGGUUCCUGGUCGAUAGAUUCCACUUCCACCACACAACCGCCGAGGCACACAAGUGUGGUCCAUCAUACAACACGGACUACUACAACUCUGUGCGUUGGGUCAACACCUCAGCAGCGGAGUCGUGCAACGCCUUCCUCGUAAAAUUCAAGACGCAAGCGUGGUAUAGGAGCCUCGUUGCGUUCAUGAUUAUCCUUCCUAACCUAGUCAGCAGAAGGAAUAGCGCCUUGCUACGGGUUGACGAACCAAAGCUGCGCAUUGCGGGCAGAGCAGACACGUGGAGAGCGUCUGUACGGCAACAACUCUUGAUGUACUAA